CACGAAUUAGAAAUGAAGCGCGCCGAAGGGGCGGCGGAGGCCACGUGCAGCGGACAUGUUCGGCACGAUUGAAAAAAUAGGAGAGGAGAGGAGAGGAGAGGAGAGGAGAGGAGAGGAGAGGAGAGAGGGCGGCGCUCCUGUUGGAGGCGGCGCGCGGAAGGGGGUAGGGGAAGGGGAGGGGGGAAAGCUUCUUAGAAGCAGGCUGCUUCUUAGAAGGGCCCGGCCCUACAUCGAGAGACGAGGCCCGCGCCUUCUAAGAAGCAGGGGCGCCUCUAAGAAGCCUUCCCCCCUCCUCCUGCCCCCCCUCUGCGCGUGGCCGAGCUCUCCUGGGCCCUGCAGACCAAUCUUCAUCAACAACAAGAUCAGCGUCCACGCGAACGUCGGCCAACUUCCGGUCCAGGGAGAGCUGCUGUUCUGAUCCACGCGCCUGGGAGUUCAGGGCCAGGCCAGGCAAUCGAGAGACAGCGUGCUAGCCACGACCCCCCACCAUGGACACCGAGCGCCGCGCCACGCUGUAGAACGAAAGAGGCGGAUGGCCACGUGCGGCUACUGAACAUGCAGGGUAAGCAGUGACUGUCCUGAGCCACUAUAGCCUGAGCCGCCAUGGCUGGAGCCAACGUGGCU